UAAGAUACAAAUUGGAUACAUAAGAACAAUACAUCCAAUAGAUUUAACUGAUAUAAAAGAAACAAUAGAGGAAACAUUACAAGAUAGUCCAAACGGAAAUUCUACUGAAUCUAUCGAAAAUUUGAUCAGAAUAAAAGCUAGCAUGCUACAGGACACUUUUGCGAAAAUCAAACCAUUUGUGAACAGACAAAAACGAUGGGACACAUUAGGCAAAAUUUGGAAAUGGAUCGCUGGAACUCCAGAUGCUGACGACCUACAUGUCAUUAACUCCACAAUGAACUCCCUGAUAGCAGAAAGCAACAAACAAAUAAUAAUCAACCAAGGUUUCAAUGACAGGUUGAAACAAAUAACUGAUGUCGCUAACCAAGUCGUAAAUAUUGAAAACGAAUGCUAUGAGUCACACCAAGUGGAAAUUCGAAAACUUAUUCUACUUUCCAACAUAAAUAUGCUACAAGAAAAAUUGGAUGUCAUAGAAGACGCUAUACUGUUAGUUAAACACGGGAUUCCGAGCAGUAAGCUACUAUCCCUUGAGGAUCUGACCUCAAUAGAACAGUUUCUUGAGAAGAAUAGCAUUAAAUACAACACACCGGAAGAAUUGCUAAGGCAAUCAACUGCCCAAGUUGCAGUAAAUGAAUCACAUACUCAAAUCGCAUCAAACUGCAGCAAAAUGAACCAAGUACUGAACGGUUCCUACGUCAUACAAUUCGAAAAUUGUAACAUUAUCAUAAAUGGAGAAAUUUAUUCAAACAACGAAGUCACCAUUCCUGGUAAACCAUUCAAAUCAACAGCAGAAAUCAACAUCGAUAAGAGCGAAAUCGAACAUAAACCGCCUCUCCAACUCAUACAAAAACUCACCAUAGAACAUAGAGAAAAACUACAAAGUAUUAACUUGCAGAAUGAUUCUUUGAGAUGGAAAUUCAAUGUAUUCGGAGGAACAUUUGCAUUCAUAUGCCUAUGCGCAUUGAUAAUCUGUUUAUUCUUCCACUUCAAGAGAACGACGAUAAAAACCAACUUCAUUCCACGCAGCAACGAGCCUUAG